CAUUGUGGUGCGCCAGGCCCGGCCGUGCGGAGCGGGCCCGUAGCGCCUCCGCCACUCACGCCGCCAGCGCUUUCGCUCCUUUUCUUUCUCUCUCACUUUCUCUUUCUGUCUCUCUUCCUUCCCCUUCCUCUUCCUCCUCUUCUCCUUUCCUCUCCCUCCCCUCCUUCCCCCCUCUCCCCGCCGCGGACAUGCCGCGCGUCUACAUCGGUCGCCUGAGCUACCACGUCCGGGAGAAGGACAUUCAGCGCUUCUUCAGCGGCUACGGCCGCCUGCUCGAGGUCGAUCUCAAAAACGGCUACGGCUUCGUGGAGUUCGAGGACUCCCGCGACGCCGACGAUGCCGUGUACGAGCUGAACGGGAAGGACCUGUGCGGGGAGCGGGUUAUCGUGGAGCACGCCCGCGGUCCCCGCCGCGACAGGGAUGGCUACAGCUACAGCAGCCGCAGUGGGGGUGGUGGCGGAUAUAGCAGUCGGAGACAAUCGGGACGAGAUAAAUAUGGACCGCCCGUUCGUACAGAGUUCAGGCUGAUUGUUGAGAACCUUUCCAGUCGCUGUAGUUGGCAGGAUUUAAAAGAUUUCAUGAGGCAGGCUGGGGAGGUGACCUAUGCAGAUGCCCACAAAGAGCGUACAAAUGAAGGAGUGAUUGAGUUCCGCUCGUACUCAGACAUGAAACGCGCCCUGGACAAGCUGGAUGGCACAGAGAUAAACGGCAGGAAGAUCCGGCUGGUGGAGGAUAAGCCACGCUCCAGCCACAGGCGAUCCUACUCUGGCAGCAGGUCCAGGUCACGAUCCAGGAGACGAUCUAGAAGCAGAAGUCGGAGGAGCCGGAGCAGCCGUAGCAGAUCCCGUAGUGUCUCCAAAAGUCGUUCCCGAUCUAAAUCCAGGUCACGAAGCAAAGACCGCUCCCGUUCCCGAUCCAAAAGCAGGAAGUCCAGAUCAAAGAGCAAAUCCAAACCCAAGUCUGACAGGGGUUCACGCUCACACAGCAGAUCCAAGGAGAAGUCGGAGAAGUCCCGGUCCAGAUCCAGGUCCAGGUCUCGGUCUCCCAAAGAAAAUGGUAAAGGGGAUGCUAAGUCUAAGUCCAGGUCCAGGAGCAGGUCUCGCUCCAACUCUCCUCAGCAGCAGCCAUCUGCCAAGGCUCGCUCCGAGUCACCGCCCAAAAGAGCCGCCUCCAGGUCCCGCUCCAGGUCUCGCUCAAAGUCCCGCUCACGAUCAAGAUCCAGUUCAAGAGAUUAGGACUAGAACUCUCCUCUCACCUUGCACACUAUUAUGGAACAUUUUCCUACCUGUCAGGCCAUUAGUGUUAUGUUAGUACUUCAGAAGUUGGUUUUUUCUCUUGCAGGAGUGAAUGGCCUAAGAACUAAGUCAUAAGGCCUAAAGGUUUAAUUUGUAUCCCAAAUUUGAUAAUACCAGGUGGAAUGGUGGUACAAAGCAGGAAGAGUCCCCCUUUUGUAGAAAUUGAGCUGAAAGUUUGAUUUUAUAGCAUUUCAGCAGGAGUAACUUAACUACUCUUAAAUGCAAAGUGGUUUUUAUAUUAAAAAUAAACAAUAUAAACAGGCUUAAAUAUGGGCUUUUUGAAAGUAUCCUUUUUUUCUUAUUUUUUUCAUGGCAUUAGAGCUAUGGGUGUCAUUAGUUUAAUAGGUUUCAGCCUCCAGCCAAAGGCAGGAUUGCCUUGCUGGGCAGGUCACACAGUUUAUCUUAAUUUUUGAAGCAGGUGGCAAACUGUACAAACCAGUAAACAGUACUGGGAAGAUUUUAGACCAGCAAUAAACUCAAGUUGGAGGACUUAGGUUGUACCUUGACUUGCCAAAAGAACAUUCCCCCCAUACUGAGAUUGUAUUAAAGGUAACAGAAGAACUCUGGAACCUGUAUUGCUGAAAACCCUUUCGUUCCAGACUUGAAAGAAUAAAAGUUUUCUGACGUUUCUUGCUUGAAUCUCAAGUGUCACUGUUGUCAGACACGAAGGUGUCUCUUGGCUGUGGUCCAAGUCUUAAGUAUGCUGUAUGGUUUGUCAGCCUCUGAAUCCCCACUGGAUAUGAAACCCAGGUAAAGUAAUCUGUCUUCCCUCCCCUUUGACUCACUUAUGUUAACGUUUUGCUUCAGACUAGGAGAACUAUAAUCCUCGUGUGUAGGUCCGAACUUUAUUGGAAAUGUAAUCUCUUGGAGCUAGAGUUCUAGUUUUAACAAAGGCUUUGCUAAACCACAGUUGCCAAUUCACUUAAAUUGUGGAAUAGGACUCAUCCCAAAAAUUUCCCUUUAUAGUUAAAUUGAUUUUUGUAACAUGCAGUAGCAAACAUUAGAACUGCCUUGUACUCUUUAUACAAUGUGUAGUUUGACUUGUAUAAAAUUAAAUUGGUGACUCA